CCAAUGAGCAGCGCGCGGCGCCACCGCGCGCCCUUCGUUGGCGCGGCGGCCUCGGGAGGGGCGUGUGGGGGGAUUGCCGCCUCGCCAAUCGCCGCCCGCGUCGGUCGCACGUGACGCCUCCCCCUGCUCCCAUUCAUCAAGGGGGGGGGGGGGACGACGACGGUGUCGUCCUUUCAAUUCAUUUAUCUGCAGGAAUGAUUGCCGCUAUCAGUCUCGCGCUCACCGCCCGGCUGAGGAGCCUUGACUCGAGGCCCUCUCGGCAGAGACUGAGCGGCGAGAAAGUGCGAGCCCGGCCGGCGCGGUUGGAGCGGCAGGCGCCGGAGCCCGCCUUCUACCGGCCGGCAGUCAUCCGGCUUGCGUGCCUUUGGCCGGGCGGGCGCCGGCUUGCGCCCGGCCGCUGCCUGCUGGCUAAGACUUCGUUAGGUGGGUCGAUUCCCCCUCCCUCCUCCUCUUCUUCCUCCUCUUCCUCCGCCUCCCGUUCCUCCUCCUCCUCCUCCUCCUCCUCCUCCUCCUCCUGA